AUGGCGAUUGAAGUUUUCCCGGAUAGUCCGAGUGUCGGAAGGAGUCCCAGAAUCUCAUUUUCUCAUGAUCUUUCUCAAUCUGAUGCGGUGCCAGUGGAACAAUACAUAGGAUCAAGUUCAUCAGAAGGUAUGGAUUUUGAUUUUUGUGUUUUUAGGGAAAGUUUUGAGAAAGAAUCUUCGUCAGCCGAUGAACUUUUUUUCAAUGGAAAGAUACUUCCCAUCGAAAUCAAGAAAAGACUAGCCCCGGCUGCGGCACCACCAGUUUCACCACCGCUACCACCUCCUAUUCCUACACCAGUCUACGAUCACAUUCUCGACUCUAGCAAGAGCUCGAAGAAAAUUCCAACAGAAUCAGAAGAAAAGCAAAAUUCUUCCAAGUCAUUUUGGCGGUUCAAGCGCAGUGCGAGUUUAAACUGUGGCAGUGGUUAUGCUAGAACAUUAUGCCCUUUGCCAAUUUUAUCUCGAAGCAAUUCAACAGGUUCAGCAUCAAGUGGUAAGCGUUCUUCAGCUAAACAAUCACAAUCUGUAUCAUCAAAUUCAAAUACUACACAUCAAAGGCCUCCAUUGAAGAAAACUCAUACUUCCAACUAUGCCAACAUUAAUGGGAUUAGAAUUAAUCCAGUUAUUAAUGUUCCUCCUGCAAAUCUCUUCGGAUUCGGCUCGAUCUUUUCUGGUGGCAAGGACAAGAACAAAAAGAAGUGA